AUGGAGGAAAAACUAGAAAGCAGUAGUUUUCUGAGCUUAUUAGGGGCAGACAGUGGUCUUACCUUGAUAAAUACGGAUGCACUGGUACGCAAAACAGAGUUGCAACAGCAAAAGCUUCAGUGCAAAGACAAGGAAAUCGAAGAGCUUAAAGAAAGAUUGGAGCAUCUUGAAGAUGUGGUCGAGAAAGAUUCAAGUCAACUUGAGAGCUUGAAGAUGAAAAAUGAGCCACCACAAACAAACUGGACAAAGAACCUCAUCGAAGAAAAUGGUGUGAUGAGAGAGAGACUGGACCUGUUAUUUGAUGAGAAGCAACAGCUUGCAAAGGAGUGCUCGAUGCUUGAAUGUUGCUUAGAAGAUAAGGAACAAGAAUUGGCAAUGCUUAAAGAGAAGAUAGAUCAAUUAAAGAAGAAUCGAUUCGAAAUUUCUUUUCAAGAGUUGCAAGAAAAUUGUCCGUUUAUCAAAGAUCUUGAGGACGAGAACAUAAGGUUGAAAGAAGAGACAAAGCUCUUGUCAGUUGAAAAUGAGGAACUUGCAAAUGAAUGCUUGGUUCUUGCUCAAGGUAUGGAGGCAAAAGAAAAGCAAGUAAUGAUUCUAGAAGAGCGUAUCAAAAGCCUUGAAAGUGAGAGUCAAGAUCUGGAAGAGGGCAAAAAGGAUGGCAUGAAUGAAGAAGUAAUUGUUUCUGAUGGUGAAGAAGUGGAAACGCAGAGCAAUCAAGAAGGAAUGAAGCAGGAUUCUGAUGGCGAAUUUAUCGUUGUUGAUGAUGAAAGUGAAGAUGGUGUUGAUGUGAGUGAUGGAAAGCUUACUUUCAAAGAACAUGACGACAAUGGCACAAUGCAACAGCAGUCAGAGGAACCUAUGGCAGUUGGAAAGAUAUUGCCAGGAAGAAUGACAAAUAUUCAGCAAUAUUUUGAUCAAGUUGCAGAACUUCAGUUGUUGAAAGGCUUUCUGUCCAAAAUUGGGAGCCAUUUCAAAAUUGAUAAUGGAAUUGCAUUGCAGAAAGUUCUCGAUCAUAUUGAAAUCAAGAUUGUGGAUCUCAUCGACGAAAAGAAGCAUCUUGAUGAAGAAACAAAGGAGUUAAGAAGCCUUGUAGAGUUUUUGGAAUUUGAAGGCAAGUUCACUUUGGAAGAUUUCAAAGAAUCUGAAGAAAAGAACAUAGAAUUGCAGAGCAAACUUCAACAAGCAGUCAAAAAGGAAAUUGAUGCACAAAGCCAGUUGGAAGCUUGGAGCAACUGUUGUGGUAAGCUGUAUAAGAUUAUCAAAAGCAACGAGGGAAAAGAAAAAUGUGAAUCAUCCAUGCAAAGAGGAAAUGCUAGGACAGCAGAACUGGCACGAAGAAAGAGAUUUCUCCAGAAAUAUAAAAUGAUCAAUGCUAAUCUGAAAGCAUAUAAGGCAAAAUCUGCUGGAAUUAGAAGAUGCAUGGAUGCACUGGCAGGGAAGAAUCUGGAAUUGGAAUUGAAGGCUGAUCUUCUUCAGGCAGACAAUGAACAUAUCAUCAGAGAAAGAGACGAAUUUGAAACGGCAUACAAAGAAGAGAUGCAAGCCAAUAUUCGUAUGCAGCAUGAUUUGGAAGAAUAUAAAGAGCAGGCAAAGAAGUUGAAUACCUUCAGAUCAGCUUUGAAAGAGCACAGAAAAGAAAUCGAUGCUUUCAGACUAGAGCGCUGUUUUGUUUUAGAUGAGUUGGAUAUGGAGAGACAGCUUCAUGAAGAUAUUGAAAGAAAGUUCCAAAUGGCAUUGAUAGGAAAAGAGCUGAUUCAGAGAAGGCUCCAGCAAGAAUCAGAGAAAUGUAAAGAUGUUGAAAGAAAACUUAGUGAAGUUGAAACCGAGAAGACAAAACUUCAAGAGCAAUUCGAUAAAGAUUGGCGAACGGUUACGGAAGAUCUCUUUGUUCUAAGGGAGACGAACAAUGAAACUGUCAAGGACCUCGAUGGUGAAAUGAAGAUUCGCUUGGUGUACGAAAGAAAAUUGGAAGAAUAUUUUGCCGAGAAGCAGAGACUGGAGAAGUGUCUUGAGGAUGAGGUUAAGAGAAAUCUGGAAGCUGAAAAUAUCAUAUCAGCUUUGCAUCAAAUCGUGGAGAAGAGGUCGGAGAAACCAAAACGAAGUCGACUUAGCAGAUUGUUUAGACGUGGAUCAGAUUAAGGAGAAGACUUAUUAUAUAGAACAUUAGCUAGGUUUAUUAUGUAACUUUUUACAGUUAUUUCUUAUUACGUUCUUGUAAUCUGUUUAUUCGUUUGAAAAUGGCGUUCUAUUGAAUUCAUUGUCUGUUUUGCUUUUGUUUCUGCAUUUUCAGUACAUUUGGUUUUAAAGUUGUCUAAAGAACGCGUAUAGCGUACAGAUUGUGUACUUACCGCUAACGAUAGAUUUUUGAAAAAAAAACGAAAUAAUUUUCAUCGUUUUGAAAUCCCGUCGCUGAUUGAAUUUAUGGUUUGAGAAGUGUUAUAGGAAUCAAUUCAAAAAUGAAAUAGCUAGUUCCCUCAAGCAUUUUAAUAUGAAUUCACUUGAGUUGUCCUUUUAAUCAUAGACAGAGUGUC